AACUCGGUACAUUCAAAGGAGGGAAGGGUUUGGCAAGGACGUGAGGUUGUAUCACCAUGGCAGCAACAAAGACGGAGGCCAAGUCCCCGGAUGAAGUCAUGCCCAUGGGCGCCGAGUGUGUGGGCAGGCGAGUCCAGAGUCGCAAGAACGACUGGCGGGGUACCAUCCGGUUCUUUGGAAAGGUCCCGCCCACGCCACGUACGCAACGAGUGGGCAUAGGCAUAGGCAUGGGCAGGGGAGAGAAGAGGGAGGUGAUGGAGGUGAUGGAGGUGAUGGAGAUUGGGGAAGUGGUGAGACGGUGGACUGCCAUGAUCGCAUCAGAGGGGGUCAUCCUGAUCCUGUCGGUGCUGCCGCUGAGGCUGGGGCUGGAGUCAUAGUCGAUGUAAUGGUACUACCGCAUGCAGUGUCGAUCGCCGCGAGCUCUGUCAUUGUCAUGCUGCCGUGUACGACUGGUAUGGCAUCGAGUGGGAUGACCCGUCUCGCGGGAAGCACUCGGGAUGCCACGAGGGCGUCAAGUACUUUGAUGUGGCACAGGACGGUGCAGGCUCGUUUGUCAAGGCCAGCAAGCUCGCGAGCAAGUUUGUCUUUGGCCGGUCGUUUGCCGAUGCCUUUGCGGAGCGCUACGAACAGGCGCUUGAUCACGCACCGGUCGAGCGGACCAUCGAUGAGGCUGUCAAGCCCGGCGAUGACAUGUCUAUUUUGUCAACAACACGGGCGGUGGCUGUCGAGUUUGUUGGCGCAGCCAAGAUAUCCACUCGCCUCUCCAAGCUCGAGGCGCUCGACAAGGUUGGCCUCGUUCGCGAGCAGGUCGCAAGCGCCGGUGUGCUCGGUCACCUCGCCGGCCGGCUUGAUGCCGUUCGAACCCUCGACCUCGCCUGUAAUCUGCUCACCUCGUUUGACGACGUCGCUGCCAUCGCCGCCAUCCUCCCCGCCCUCGUCGAGCUCGGCGUCGCCGAUAACCGCUUUGACGAGUCGCGUGCCCACGCCGGCGAUGCUAUCCCGCUUCCCGGCCUCGAGAUCUUGGUCGUCAACCGGUGUCGACUGGGCCUUGCUGCCGUCGCGCAGCUGGCUGCUCGCCACCAGAUGGCAUCACUCCGUGAGCUGCACAUGGUCGAGUCCGGUCUGACCACGCUCGACGCAGACCUCGGUGGGCUCGGUGCCUCACUGCGGCUCCUCGACCUCUCGUACAAUCCGCUGACAUGGGCUGGCCUCGCCCCGGCGCUUCGCGCACUCCCACACCUCUCCACGCUCGUCCUCGCUCACACAGACCUUGACAGUCUUGACCCGGCGCUCGGCGUCCUCCCGCCAAUGCUCACCUCGCUCUCGCUGGCGUGGAGCAAGGUAGCGUCGCCGGAUGUCCUUAUUGUCCUUGCCGGCCUCGGCACCCUCACCCACCUCCGCCUUCACUCGACGCCGCUCGAUGCCCUGCCGCUCGGUGACGCCGCGCUCUCGGUCCGGGUCCUGGUCCUGGCACUGAUGCCGGGCCUCGAAGUCUUCAAUGGCGGCUCGCGCAUCUCCAACAAGGAGCGGAGCCAGGCCGAGCGGACCUUUGUCAAGUACGCCGACUCCCUUGUGGCAUGCGAGCUCCGGUCGGCCUUUCUCGCCCGCGCCGGAGAGCUGGCCGCCAAGCAUCCAGACGUGAUCGAGGAGGCGGCCAAGGCCGCAACUCUGCCGCCGGCGUCGAUGCUCCCAACCGCAGGCUCCGGUCGUGCCGGCCUUACCCUCGUCUACGGUGAGGCAACCAAGAGUAAGCGGCUCAAACUCUCGACCCAGAUCGCCAAGCUGCGGACACUCAUCGGCCGGCUCUUUACCGUCGCAGUCGUCGACCUCGAGGGCCUGCACCUGGUCUACUCGCACCCGUCAGCGCCGGGCGUCCACUAUGCUCUCGACGACUCGCUCGUCGACCUCGGGUUCUACAACGUCGAGGACGGCGGAGUCAUCGAGCUCUGCGAGGACGCGCCGAUCGAGCAGGCGUACAGCAUUCAUUCCGGUGCGCUGGCAUGAGUGCCGCGCUCACGACUUGAGGUCCGAGAGCCAGAGCUCGGCGAGCCGGUUGUAGCGGUGGCUCGGCUCGCCGUCGUCGUCCUCGCGCGCCGUAAGCCCGUGCUCGUACUCGUAGUACACCCGCAUGGCGUCGAUAAACUCGUCACGCGUGAUU